AGUGGGCGUUUGAAAAAGCUGCAGCAAGUGUGUGUGUAUGCCAGCGAGUGUGUCUCAGCAGGAGGCGGGAAAAUAACAGCACAUGUUCGUCACUGAGCGAGCGUCAGGUUUAAAUUAUAUUCUGAGUGUGAGUGAAACGGUUCUGUGUUCUACGUACCAGAACUAUUCUUGGAGGCAUCCAUAUUUGGUGGAGGAUGUUAGAGGAAGAGGAGAUCCCAGAUAAAAAGACGCAGCAGAUCAGAACAGAGAUGAAGGAGAAUCAUGAUCAGCCCGAAGCUGAGGAGGGUCCAGAGCAUUCGCACGCUCGCUAUCAAUGUUUUUAAAGAGGAGGAAGAGGAGGAUAGUGGGAGACAGGAUGAGGAUGAAGUUGGUGACCUCCUGUCAGACCAAACAACCGACCCUUACUUGUCCACGUCUGUUGCAAGACUUCACUCCUUCACAGGAAAUUUCUCCGUGGAGUGUGGCGUGGGAGAAGUCAGUGCACCCAGUGACAUCAUCAGCCUGGUCAACGCUGAUAUCACUGUGUCAGCAGCAGCUUUUAUUGGGAUUCGCACUCCAGGACAAGGAGAAGGAGAAGCAGAAGCAGCGGGCCGGGCCAUGGCACACAGUCAUGACAUCAAUCACAUGUAUGGCCCGCCUCCUCCUCCACCUGUCCCUGCCUACUCCUGUGGCGGGGACAUGUACCAUGAGCAGCCAGCAGGGGGCUUCCUAAGCACAUCCACCUGUGCUGUCUCCUUUCACCCACCACCGACCUACAACCCUGCACCCAAACCGUCCGUAGAGGGCGCUGCACUGCUGUCCAUUAUGCCCGAGUACGGAGGGUAUUACCCUCAAAACUGCCAGAGAGACAAGCCCCUCCCACACCCUCUGGACUCUCUGCGCAUGGCUCCACCUCUCACACCUCUCAACACUAUUAGGAAUUACACUUUGGGGGCCCCGGAGGCCCCUAUGGCAGCUGCAUUCCCAGCCCACCAGAACCUGCCCCUGCGGCCUAUCCUCAGACCCAGGAAGUACCCGAAUCGACCGAGCAAGACACCGGUGCAUCAGCGCCCAUACCCGUGUCCGGCCGAGAGCUGCGACCGUCGGUUCUCCCGCUCCGACGAGCUGAGUCGUCACCUGCGGAUCCACACAGGCCACAAACCAUUCCAGUGUCGCAUCUGCAUGAGGAACUUUAGCCGCAGCGAUCACCUGACCACGCACAUCCGCACACACACAGGUGAAAAACCUUUCUCCUGUGAACAAUGUGGCAGGAAGUUUGCCCGCAGCGACGAGAGGCGGCGCCACAUGAAGAUCCACCAGCGGCAGAGGGAGAAGAAGACCACUGCCUCGUGAGGGAGCGCGUAAAAACACAACUGCACCCUCACCACGAUGACUGAAUGUAAACAAACAUCAAGUGGUUACUUUUAACCUUAGCGGGAAAAAAUAACACGACGAAACUCAAAACCAGUGCUUUGACUGCAGACGGUAACGGUCGACGACAGUUCAGGGUAUUUUAGUCUCAAUAUAAUUUAUAGAAGAGUCAUUUAUAAAUGUGCUGUGAGUGCCCCCUGCUGGGUAACGACUCAAUUCUCACCCACACUCAGGAGAAAUCUGUGAUAUUUGUUAUGCUCCGAUUUUUUUAAAACUGGAUUCAGUGUCUCAGGGUUUUUUUUUUAAUCCAUCAGGUUCUAACAUUUCUUAGUGAAACUUUAUUUUUUAGUGUAUUUAACAGUUAUUUGUGAUAACUUUAUUUUUAUUCAUUUUUGUUUUACAAUAAAACGUGCCAAAUGCUGACGUCGACUUGCAUCUUUGUAUUAUGCCAAAGAGUUACAUGUAUGUUAAAUGAAUGAAAAUCAACCAAAAUAUCAAACAGAAUUUGAAUAUUAUGCACAUAACACAGUUGAGGGGCUCAAAAAACAUUAAUUUCUCCAGAAUGUUGGACAAAUAAUUUUCUUUAGCACGUUUUGCGAGGUUGCAGUACCACCAGAUACGGACAGGGGGCAGGGACAGACACGUUAAAUGUUUAGUUUUGGAAAUAACGCAAUAACGAAAAAAAAAAACGCUUAAAUAAAUAUAUUCUGAUUUUCCUGAAAUGUAUAAAAGUUUAAGUGAAAGAAAUAUAUAGAAUAAAUAUCACAGGAAAACCAAAUGAUUUUUAUUUCAGUUGCAAACCUUAUAUGAGAAACACUCUGUACUCCUAUAAAAGGUGAAGGAACAAAGACAGAGUUCGUCAGUUGGCCCAGCAUUGGCUCAAGGAUAUUAUGUAUCUUAGUGAUAACUACAAAAGUGGACUAAGCUUAGAACUGUUCUUGGAAUAUUAGUUAGCUGACCCCUAACCUUAGGUGUGGAGUUACAGAGAGUAAAUUCCCUUUUUCAUUGUUCUAGGUGUUAAAUGACAAUAAAAAAAA